AUGUCAGACGACGCUUAUCUGGAGGGCAUUAAGACUCAGUAUGUGUUCCACUGCCAUGACCGAAGCGGUUCUGCGGAGAUACUAGUAGAUGUCGGCAUCAGUUGGAGCGACUUCUUGUCCGACCUCCGGCAGGAGUUUGGGAGAAAUGUCAACUUCACGUACCGGAGAGAUGAAGAGGAGGUGGAAGUGAAGAAUGAGAGAGACUUCGAUGAAUUCUGUGGAUACUGUGAUGAAGAGCAGGUUGCAUCAAUGGACAUCUACAUCAAAGACAAGCCCAUGUCCGAGCUCGAAGUCGCUCAACGCAGUUUCUCGUCUCCUCGUGACAUCCUGGGCGCUUCUGUGCAGAAAGACAACUUGUACGCUCUCAGGCCCCCCACGCGGCAUGUGCGGCCCAGCACAGCCGGAGCUCGCAGACCCAACGUCAACGGCAAGUCGAUAGCAAACCCGAGCAAAAGAGCAGCGUGGGAAAAGCAAGGAGGAGGAGGAGGAGGAGGAGGAGGAGGAAGUUCUCCAAAACCAAAGCGACAGGCGAGAAUAGCAGACGAGCGGCUGGAUAAAGAGACACUACAGCACAAGGUGAACGAGCUGCAGCGACAGAUCAAUGUGCUGGUGGACGAGAAGACGAGACUGCACGCUGAUUACGCGAGGCUGCAGCAAGAUUUCAACAAAGUCCUUCGAGAGAACGAGGAGCUGUUCCGAGCUAAGGCUGGGAGCGCUGCAGUCAAGGGAGGAGCAUCUUCACAUCUCGUGCACAACAUGAAGAAGCGGAUCAAGGAGCUGGAAGGUCUCGUGUCGAGCAAAGAAGAAGAGAUGAAGAAGCUCAAGAUGGAUACGCGAGUAACUCGCCUUACCGAGCUCGAGGUGGAACGCGAUGCUUUCCUGCAGGAAGUCCGUCGGUUGCAGCGAGAAAAUCGCAAAGUGACAAGCGACAUGCAGAAGAUCCAGAUGGGUUUCAGCGCGAACAACGAAGAACACACCAUGAACUACAAGGAGCUCUACCGUAUGUACCAGAUAGUCGUGAAGGACAACAAUGAGAUGAAGAAGAGAGCUGAGACCGUGGAGGCAAAAAGCAGUGAGCUCAGGGAAAGCUUUCAGAUCGCCCAGCGGGCCAACGAGAAGUUGCGGAAGGAGCUGCAUGCAGCAAAGGCGAGUUUGAGGAAGGCAGCGGCAGAAGGAGGCAGCAGUGAAGGGCUGAGAUCGACGGCGCAGCAAAGGAAAGGAAAGGAGGAGGCGCUGGAGAAGAGAGUGAAGGAGCUGCUGGCCAAUCAGAAGAGACUUGAUCUCGCGCUGAAUCGAAUCAGCAGGGAACGAGACGCGGCGGAGGCUGGGAGGCUUGACAAGGAGGCAGAGGUCAAGAAGUUGACCGAGCAGAAGAAGAUGCUGCAGAUGGAGCUACACGCGCUUGGAGCCAACGUUAAGACAGGAAAGAAGGGGGCAGGCGAAAAGGCGGAGAUGAUGUGCUUCUAUUGCGAAGAUAGGACAUCGAAUCAUGUUCGCGUUCAGUUCGUCAACGCAAGGAUCUCAUUCGCUGACUUUCAAGACAUCUUGCGAAGGCUCUUCGACCGCCAGGGUCUCGUGACCUUCACCUAUGAGGAGGGAGGGGAGGAGCGACGGGUGCGAGACGCGGAGACUUUCAGCCGGUGCAAGGAAGAGGUUGAGAACAGCUACAGCGGGCAAGGAGACCAGGCAAUCGUGAUUCACCUGGAUGCCCAGCGUUCGCUUGGUCCGAGGGAGAGCGAGGAGCAAGGUGAGGGUGAGGAAGAGCUGGAGGAGCUGGAGGAGUCUGGUGGCAUUCCCGAUGGUGGCGGGCAAUCAAGGUUGUUGGAGAAAGUUGGAGAUGAGGGAGGGAGGAAGAGAAGUUUCUCCUGUAAGCUCCGAUGCCACUACGAGGAAGAGACGAUCGAUGAGGUGGAGGUUGACGAUAACACUCGCUGGAUCGACUUCCUCGCGCUCCUCAGACACAUCCUCAAGGAUGAUGCGACCUUCACGUACCUCAGGCGAACGAAGGAGGAAGAGAAGGAGGAAGAGAAGGAGGAGAUGGUCCAAGUCAACAACGCCAGGGAGUUCGCUGCCUUCCUCGCGUCACUCCGAGGCUCCGACGCCUCCAUGGAAGAAAUCUUCCUCGUCCGCCGUGAAUCUGCUGCCUUCUUCCCCUCCCGCAAGGAAUCGACGAAGCGAGCAGAGAUCAAGCACGGUGUGCAGGAUGCGCUCAGGCAACUCUCUUCUGAGGCGACUAGCGACUGGCCAAGAGUGGAUGACGAGGAGAGAGAUAGUCACGUGAGGGAGAGGGAGGAGGAGGACAAGCAGAGGGAGAGGAUGCGGAGAGAAGAAGAGGAGGACAAGAAGAAAAGAGGUGAGAUCAGGAAACAGCAGCAGGAGCAUCAACAGGAGCAUCAGCCAACAGAAAUAAUUUCAAAACCAAAGCAGAUCAACUCUGAUUUGUCGGAGCUGACGGUGGAGCUUGCGGAGCCUUUUGUCGAGGAGCAGGUGAAGGUGCAGGCUAGAUCUUCCCAACCGGCACGGGAAACGGCAGGAGAGAGAGGAGACAAGAAGACAAGUCGACGUGUGGACGAGGAGGUCGCUCGGGAGGAGAGGUACUCGCCUGCUGCGCCUGUUGAAGACGAGGGAACGUCGCCGGAGUAUGGCAACGACUUUGAGGAGGUCAGAGAUGAAGAAGUAGUGGAGGAGGAGGAGGAGGAGCAAAGGUCUGGACAGUUGAAAGCGAGCGGAGGGGUGGAUGAAACGACAGUCGACGACUACUUGGAGGAGGAUGAGGAGGAUCCCUUUCAAGUGGACGAGGAGGAAGAGAUCAUUGAGGACGACGACUUUGGCAACGUGGGGGAGGAAGGGAUGUACGAGGACGACGACUUCGAGUGAUCGGAAUAGGUUUGAUUCUCCGAUGAAUAUAAAUUAACAGCUAAGCGUC